AUGGACGAGAAAAAGAUCGAGCAAAAUGAUUCUGCAUUAACGAAUAAAGAGAUUUAUGUGCAAACCGUUGACAAUGAGUAUGAGAGAUUUAUAGAUCCUAAAUUAGAUGAACAAGAACAAUCUAGAGUAGAAGAAAGUCAUAAUAAUGGUUAUGAAGGAGAUGCUGAGAAGCCAGAACAUUCAAGUAUUGAAGAAAUAACUAGAACAUCUGCUGAAGAACCUAUUAUACAUGAACCCGCUGGUAUGAAUUCAUUUCCUUCAAUAAAAGACAUGUUUGGUGCACCAGUUGGCAAAUCAACAAACCCAACUUCCUAUACUUUCUUUGAUGAAGAGGGAACAGGAGGUAAUAAAAUGGAUACCAUAAUAGAAAGUGAUGAAGAGCAGGAAAAUCCAAAUAGUGAAGGAAUAGCUAGAACAUUUGCUGAAGAACCUGUUACAGAUGGAAUACCUACUGGUAUACAUUCAUCUCCUUCAAAAGAAGAAAUGUUUGAUACACUAGUUGGCAAAUCAACAGACUCAAUUUUCUACAAUUUAUUUAAUGAAGAGGGAACAGGAGAUAAUGGAAUGCAUACUGUAAUAGGAAGUAAUGAAGAGCAGAAACAUUCAAAUAGUGAAGGAAUAUCUAGAAAUUGGGGUGAAGAACCUGUUACACAUGUAAUUCCCACUGGUGAAUAUUCAUUGCCUCAAACAAGACAAAUGAUUGGUACACCAGUUAGUGAGUUAACAGGCUCAACUGAUAGUAUCUUUAAUAACGGAGAAACAGGAGGUAAUGAAAUGCAUACCACAAUAGAAAAUAUUGGAGAGAAUCAUCAUAGUGAUCAAGAAGGAAGAGAUGAAAGCCAUAAAUCAGAAGAAAGUGAAUUCGGAAAAAUCAAGGAGGCAUUCAAAUCAUUCUCGAACAUGCAGAAGUAUCUAAGAAGCAAAGCCCAUGAGCAUUCUGUGGCUAUUGAAAGAUUUUGCAUUAUCAGUCCUAUCAUCUUCUUUGUAAUUGGUAUUUUUAUGUCGUUUUAUGGUAGACUCUCACUAUGUCUGCUAGGAUUAUCACUAGUAGGACUGCAUCGCAUGAUAGCAGAAAACCCCUCUCUGGAGACAACUGUUGGCUUAUCUCUGCUUGUUUUGCUACUCUACGUUUUACUGCUUAUUUGGCCAAUUACUUCUGUUAUUUUGGGUCUGAUAUAUCUAUUUAUGUCUUUAAAAGCAAUAUUAAAUUCUUGGAAGAGCAAGGACUAUUCGGGUGCUACUUCUAGCAUUCUUGGAUUCUAUUUCACCGUUAUACUGUGCUUUUCUAAGCACUGGAUCAAUUUAGUAGAGCCCAACAUGAUAUUUGCACUUGGAUUGCCAUAUAUGAUUUUUAUGGCCAUAUUUUUCAACAUAAGAUUUGUUCAACCAGUUUAUAGAUUUUUUGAAGGAUUUUUUUAUAUUUUUCUCGGUGAGAAAGAAGAUGAUAUACCUAUGGCAGAAAUAUCCAAUUCAAGCUACGAAGUAAUAAGAUCGCUUAGCAAGUACUGGUUCUACAUUCUCCUAGCUGUUUCAGUUGUUGCUGGAAUAGGCACGAUGUUUGUGGCUUCAUAUGUCAACUCUCAGAUGACUUUGACCACAUACUUGAGUACACUCAUUCACUCUGCAAAAAGCAAUACAGUCUAA